AUGGGCAUGGGCUGUAAGAGAGCUGGAAGCCGGAAUCAUAAAGCAAAGGAAGAUGAAACCUCCACUGGAUUUUCUUUUCCCCUUCCUUCCACCACCCACUUCCAACCUAAGCUCAAGCCAGUGGCCUUCUGGCCCAGCACAGCUUUUGCCGUGGUCCUCAACGGUGCUGACAUGCAAGAACAGAUUAAGCAUAUGAUGGCUUUCAUUGAACAAGAAGCCAAUGAGAAAGCAGAGGAAGUAGAUGUGAAGGCAGAUGAGGAGCUCAACAUUGAGAAAGGUCGUCUUGUGCAAACCCAAAGACUGAAGAUGAUGGAAUACUAUGAGAAGAAAGAAAGAUGGAUCGAGCAGCAGAAGAAAAUUCAGAUGUCUAAUUUGAUGAAUCAAGCAAGGCUCAAAGUCCUCAGAGCAAGAGAUGACCUUAUCACAGGCCUACCCAAUAAAGCAAAACAGAGACUCAGCAAGGUGGUAAAAGAUACAACCAGGUACCAUGUGCUUUUGGAUGGACUGGUCCUUCAGGGUUUGUGCCAAUUGUUGGAACCCCGGAUGAUUAUCCAUUGCAGGAAACAGGAUUUCCCUCUGGUAAAGGCUGCAGUGCAAAAAGUGAUUCCUACGUACAAAAUUUCCACCAAAAAAGAUAUUGAUGUCCAAACUGAUCAGGGGGCCUACCUGCCUGAGGAAACAGCCGGUGGAGUUGAGAUCUAUAAUGGGGAUCGUAACAUAAAAGUUUCCAAUACCCUAGAAAGCCGGCUGGAUCUUGUAGCCCAGCAGAUGAUGCCAGAAGUACAAGGAGCCUUACUUGAUGCAAAUGCCAACGGGAAGUUUUUGGACUAAACCUUUGGAGAGGUGGAGUUCAUCCACUGCUCUCCUGCUGUAAUGUGGAAGUUUCUGAUAUUUGAAGAAACAGGGUAUCUGUGUCGCUUCCUCUUCGCUGUUCUAAUAUUCUGUAUUAUCGGUGGAUACUCUCUGUAGCUAAUGCCCUUAGCUUAAUUGUUAACCAUGAAAGUUUCACUUAAUGCAAUCAGGUAAGCUUAUCUUCCUAGCUUAUCUAAAAGUAGCACUUUCAUUUGCUUCUGUAGCAUGAAGGUAAGGAUAUCAGAUGGUGGUUAUGGGAGCUUCACCAAGUCUCCACUCUUCCUCUAGUCUUCCACUUUCAGUUCUAGAGUUUAGAGGGUGAUAUGUAUGGCAUUCUCUGACAUUCAGUUCUUUAGGCUUAAAAUGCAUGGGGGUUAGGGGGAGGGGCAUGCAUUCCUUCCAGCAAUAGUAGCUUCACUGUUAACCUGUUUGGGUCUAGAGUGUCGCUCAUCUGUAAAUGUGAUUUAAAAUCUAAGCCAUGAAUAUGUCUUAUUUAUUAAAACAAAAGAUUUACAUGGAAAAAAUAUUCUAUAGAGACCAAAAUAAGAGAAAUACUUAUACAUUGUUUUAGAAAACAGCUUUUCUUCCCACAGUUGAGCUUUGAUUCAAUUGAGGUGAAGGGGUGUGGCUAUACUUGAGGAAGCAAUGCUAUGCACAGAUUCAAGAGCUUAAAUGGACAUUUACCAGUAAUCAGAUGGUGGGAAUAGUUGGUGAUGAUCAGAUGUAAUGGGUGGAAGAGUUAGGUAGUACAAAAAAAAAAAGUUUAAAAUAAUGGAUAGGGGAUAAAUUUGAAAAGGAGGAUCCUAGAGAGGAAAGAAGAUGCAAAAGGCCAGAAUGGUGCUCUUCUGUGAAUCAGACGGUGCUGGAUGACUCUGGACAAGCCACCCAUGUGUUUUCCCUUUUGUAAAAUGGAGAUAUUAAUAGUAACAUGAAAUAAGUGAAAUAAUCUGUGCGAAAGAGCCUCAGCAUAGUGUGGGAAACCUGGAGAAGAGACGAGAAAGGUCAGCCUUCCUCAUUACACUGAUGAAGGCACCAGGAGGUAGAAGUUUUAAUACCUGCUCUUUAAUUCUCGCUCAUCCCUGUUCUCUAAAGGGAACAAGAAACUCAGGCUCCCCUUACCCUGGUUGAGGGAUCCCCAUUGCCCCAGGGUAGUGAAACAUAGUUGGCAUCACUCAUGUCUCUGAGCAGAUCAUUUUUAUGCUCAUAGCAUGUGUGUUUAGAACCUGGGACAUAACCCUUCGAGUAUCUGCCCCAGCUCACACCUACUUAUCUGAGAGCCGUUUCCCACCCUCAGGGCUCAGACCCUGUACUUUCCA